UCCAAACAUGGUCUAACAAAUCCACACUCUCUCUUUAAGGCCUCUGACGGAAAGGAUUGAUGAUGAUGUUCUUCUUCUGCACUCAUUAGCUCUCCAUUUCUCUCUGUCUCUCUCUCUUAGUAGAUCUAAACUGUACUAUUCUCUCUCUCCCUCUUCGAAAAAGAUCUCUCUGUACAGUAGUCUUCUUCCUCCACAUGCACACCUCUCUCUUUUGCCUCUCAAUAUUUCUUUCUUUUCUCAAUUAAGGAUCAAAAUCGAAGAGGUUAAGUUCAAUCAAUUCAAAAGCUGCCAAUUCACGCUCUUCUUCAACGACGUCGUCUUCUAAACAGUUUGUAGAAACAUCCAUAGAUGGUCAGAGCUCCCCUGCGUCAUCCUCUGCUCGUAGCAAGCCACAGUAUUUUUACUCAGAAAACGUACCUUUGGAUGGGGAGACUCCCAAGGAAAACGUUACGGUCACAGUUCGCUUUCGCCCAUUAAGUCCUAGGGAAAUUCGUCAAGGAGUGGAGAUUUCUUGGUAUGCUGAUGGAGAAACUAUAGUCAGAAAUGAGCAUAAUCAGUCAAUCGCAUAUGCAUAUGAUGGCACCUCCAUUAGCUUGUGAACCUUUUUCAAAUAAUUGUUAGACAUCAUAAAAGAUCGGGUGUUUGGCCCUACAACAACAACACGCCAUGUGUAUGAUAUUGCUGCUCAGCAUGUCGUCAGUGGUUCUAUGGAAGGCAUCAAUGGAACUAUUUUUGCAUAUGGUGUAACGAGCAGUGGGAAGACUCACACUAUGCAUGGUGAUCAGAGGUCCCCUGGUAUUAUACCAUUGGCAGUGAAGGAUGCUUUUAGCAUUAUCCAAGAGACACCAAACCGAGAGUUUCUCCUUCGUGUUUCUUACCUUGAGAUCUAUAAUGAGGUUGUCAAUGACUUGUUAAAUCCGGCAGGACAAAAUUUAAGAAUUAGAGAAGAUGCUCAGGGAACCUUUGUUGAAGGGAUAAAGGAAGAAGUUGUAUUAUCCCCAGCUCAUGCCCUUUCCCUCAUUGCAGCUGGAGAAGAGCAUAGACAUGUUGGAUCUACAACUUUUAAUCUACUCAGCAGCCGGAGCCAUUCAAUAUUCACACUGACAAUUGAGAGUAGCCCAUGUGGUGAAAAUAGUGAAGGAGCAGUAAAUUUGUCUCAACUGAACCUCAUCGAUCUGGCAGGUUCAGAAAGUUCAAAGGCUGAGACUACUGGUGGGAGAUGGAAAGAAGGAUCGUACAUUAAUAAGAGCCUGCUAACACUUGGAACUGUCAUAUCAAAGUUGACGGAUGGGAGGGCCUCUCAUAUUCCAUACAGGGACUCUAAACUGACCAGGCUUCUUCAAUCUUCAUUAAGUGGUCAUGGCCGUGUAUCACUUAUUUGCACUGUCACUCCUUCAUCAAGCAGUUAUGAAGAGACACAUAACACUUUGAAAUUUGCCCAUCGUGCUAAGCAUAUCGAGAUUCAAGCAGCACAGAACAAGAUUGUUGAUGAGAAAUCACUUAUCAAGAAGUAUCAAAAUGAGAUCCACUCUUUGAAGGAAGAAUUAGAACAACUGAAGAAGGGUAUUGUGGUGACAGUUCCUCAAUUAAAAGAUAUGGUGGAAGACAAUAUUGUCCUCCUAAAACAAAAGCUAGAAGAUGGUCAAUUCGAGAUACAAUCUAGACUGGAACAAGAAGAAGAAGCCAAAGAAGCUUUAUUGGGUAGAAUACAACGCUUGACAAAAUUAAUUUUGGUCUCUUCUAAAGCUUCACAAUCAUCAAGGUUUCCUCACUGCCCUGGUCCAAGGAGAAGACAUUCCUUUGGAGAAGAAGAGCUUGCAUACCUACCAUACAAAAGGCGAGACUUGAUGUUGGAUGAUGAAAACAUUGAAUUGUAUGUUUCUCCCGAAGGGAAAAGUGAAACUACUGAUGAUGCACUCAAGAGGGAGAAGAAAUCCCGGAAACAUGGAUUGCUAAACUGGUUAAAGCUACAGAAACGAGAUAGUGGACUGGGGACAACAAGUGAUAAACCAAGUGGAGUAAAAUCUAAUAGGACACCUUCAACACCUCAAGCAGAAAACAGCAACUUCCAUACUGAAUCCAUAUUUUCAAAUCCUUUACUCACAGAAAGCUCUCCAUCAGCUGAUCUUCUAUCUGAGAUUAGACCAGAUGGAGAAAUUCCAGAGGACAAUUUACUUGGGCAGGAAACUCCUCUGACCAGCAUAAAAACAAGUGAUCAGAUUGAUCUUCUAAGGGAGCAGCAGAAAAUUUUGUCUGGAGAAGUUGCACUCCAUUCCAGUGCUUUGAAGCGAUUAUCUGAGGAGGCUUCAAGAAAUCCCCAAAAGGAACAUAUUCAUGUGGAGAUGAAGAGGUUGAAUGAUGAAAUCAAAGUUAAGACUGAACAAAUUGCUUUGCUGGAAAAACAAAUUACUGAUUCCAUUGUGGUUUCACAUAAUAAGAUGGAUAAGUUGGAAGUAUCACAAACAGUUGCUGAACUUAUGGAACAAUUGAAUGAGAAGUCAUUUGAACUUGAGGUUAAAACUGCGGAUAAUCGGAUAAUUCAGGAGCAGCUCAACCAAAAGAUAUGUGAAUGUGAAGGAUUGCAGGAGACAAUUGUCUCUUUGAAGCAGCAGCUCUCCGAUGCGCUAGAUUUGAGAAAUAUUAGUCCUCUACCCAGUUACUUAAAGCGAUUUUCUGAAUUAAAAAGUUUACAUUCUCAACAUCAUGUUGACAAGGAAAUUGCAGUGACAAAAAAUAGAAAUGAGGAUUUGCUUCAACAAGCCCAGGAUGCUAAUUCGCAUGUCACCGAGCUCAAAGUAUGUGCACCAAAGCAGACUGCUGAGAUUGAAGAAUUGAAGCAAAAAGUUGCUGCACUGACAGAGUCGAACGAACAGCUAGAAAUGCAAAAGCAAAAAUUGGCGGAUGAGAGUUCAUAUGCUAAGGGGCUAGCCUCAGCUGCUGCUAUGGAGCUCAAGGCAUUAUCAGAAGAAAUCGCUAAGCUCAUGAAUCAGAACGAGAGACUAGCUGCUGAGCUGGCAGCACUUAAGAACUCGCCAACACAGCGAAGAACUAAUAGUACAGUCCGGAAUGGCCGAAGAGAGAAUCACCUGAAACGUCAUGACCAAGUUGGGCCAACAUCAGAACUGAAGAAAGAAUUGGCUAUAAGUCGAGAAAGAGAAGCUCAAUAUGAAGCUGCUCUAAUGGAGAAAGAUCAACAAGAUGCCGAACUUCAAAGGAAGGUGGAAGAAUCCAAGCAAAGAGAAGCUUACCUUGAAAAUGAACUUGCCAACAUGUGGGUUCUUGUGGCAAAGUUGAAAAAAUCCCACGGAUCCAGUACCGAUAACUCGGAUUCAACAAGAGAGGCUCCAAGUGUUUGAUGGUUUUUGUGUUUAAAAUCAUUGAGAAAUGAUGUUUAAUACGAGGUAUGAGAUGUAGUGUGCAGGAAAGCGUGUUGUGCAUUAGAAGUUAGGGUGUUUGUGUAUUUCAAAUGAGCCUAUUGGCCUUUUCUCUUAUCCUGUAUCUUUGUUUCCUUUAAGGUUUUUCUGGCUGUCAAUAUCUGUAUGAACUAAUCACCUCACCUUUGUUUUCAUGUGAAUGCUUGUUCAGUUAA